CCAGGAUGUCAAACACCGCGUUGGCCUGGCCACGGCUCGUUAGGACCGCCUGCAGUAGACGGCCAAGCUCCCCUCGGGAGCCCGCCGAAGCCGGGUGGCGGUCCAUGCGGCUGCUAGCGGCUCCCGGGAACGGACGCCUGCGCCCAGCUUAGUCGCGCCUGUGACGUCACCAGCGCCUGAUAGGUCCGCCCCCCUGUUCGCGUCAUCAAGGAGCGCCGAGGAGCGACAGCGUGUGCGACUAUGGCGCUGUUCCAUGUUGCGCGGUACGCGGGCCCGGAGGCUUCCGAGCUGGGGGAUGCCGAGGCAGAGGCGGGCAGCCGGGCGCAAGUGCUGCUCGAGCGGCUGAAGAACCGAGCCCGUGAGCGGCAGCAGCGGGAGCCGAAGCCUCAGUCCGCCGAGGUGGCCGCGGAAGCGGCAGGCAAGCGGCGUCGACGGCCCCGGCGGCGGCGUGGGGUAAGCGGCUCGGUGGGUCAGAGCCCGGAGGCUCCUAGAGCGAAGCGGCAGAAAACGGACAACAACGCGGUUGCAGGGAGAGGCGAGGAGCCGCCUGGGGAGCUCAAUGCCGGCGCACAGGACUCAGAUGAGAGGCUCCCAGAGCAGGCCCCGAGAUUCCUGGCUCCAGGCCCGGUGCUGGGGGACUUUGCAAGGAGGAAGACACCGAAGGUCCAGCCUUUCCUGCCGGCAUGGCUGGCAGAGCCAAGCUGUGUCAAGAAGAGUGUCACUGAGGAUCUUACUCCUAUCGAGGACAUCCCUGAGGUUCACCCUGACUUGCAGAAGCAGCUGAGAGCUAAUGGCAUCUCUUCCUACUUUCCAGUCCAGGCAGCUGUGAUUCCUGCCCUCCUGGAGAGUGCAGACAGUGGGUUUCUGGUAGGCAGAGGUGGCUACCAACCUAGUGACCUCUGUGUUUCUGCCCCAACGGGCAGCGGGAAAACACUGGCCUUUGUCAUCCCUGUGGUACAAGCCCUGUUGCAUCGAGUGGUCUGCCACAUCCGUGCACUGGUUGUGCUUCCCACUAAGGAGCUGGCCCAACAGGUGAGCAAAGUAUUCAACAUCUACACGGACACCACACCUCUGCGGGUUGCUUUGGUGACUGGACAGAAGUCACUGGCCAAGGAGCAGGAGAGCCUUGUCCAGAAGACAGUAGAUGGUUACCGUUGCCUGGCUGACAUUGUGGUGGCCACACCUGGCCGCCUGGUGGACCACAUUGACCAGACCCCAGGAUUCAGCCUCCAGCAGCUCCGAUUCCUGAUCAUCGAUGAGGCUGACCGGAUGAUAGACAGCAUGCACCAGUCCUGGCUGCCCCGAGUGGUGGCAGCAGCCUUCUACAGUGAAGGCCCCUCAGGCUCCUGUGCCCUGCUCCAGAGGACACAGACCCAGGCUGUGACUACUGCCAGCACUUGCUCUCCCCAGAUGCCUCUCCAGAAGCUGCUCUUCUCAGCCACACUGACCCAGAACCCUGAGAAGCUGCAGCGGCUUGGCCUCUACCAACCAAGGCUUUUCUCCACAAGGCUGGGACACAUUGGCCCUAAAGACACAGUUGAGGUGGAUAGAAACUUGGAGGGGAAGUACGCCUUCCCCGUGGGGCUCACGCACCACUAUGUGCCCUGUCGACUCAGCUUAAAGCCACUCCUUGUCUUACACCUCGUCCUUGGGAGGAACUUCUCGAGGGCCCUUUGCUUCACUAACUCCCGAGAGAAUUCCCACAGGCUCUUCCUGUUAGCACAAGCUUUUGGGGGUGUGAGCGUGGCUGAAUUCUCCUCCCGCUAUGGGCCUGGCCAAAGGAAGAAAAUCUUGAAGCAGUUUGAACAGGGAAAGAUCCAGCUCCUUAUCAGCACAGAUGCUACUGCUCGAGGCAUUGACGUGCAGGGUGUGGAGCUGGUGAUCAACUACGAUGCCCCCCAGUACCUGAGGACCUAUGUGCAUAGGGUUGGCAGAACAGCCCGAGCUGGAAAAACAGGACAGGCCUUCACACUUCUCUUGAAAGUGCAGGAAAGGAAGUUCCUGCAGAUGGUGUCAGAAGCUGGGGUGCCUGAGCUGGCACGUCAUGAGAUCCCCAGGGAGCUCCUGCAGCCACUAGUUGCUCGUUACGAGACAGCCUUGUCUCAGCUGGAGAAGAUAGUCAAGGAAGAGCAGAAGCUGAAGACGGCCUAGAUGGGAACAAGUGCCUGAAGGGAGCGUCCUGCUGAAAUGAACAUUGUGUGUAAGCAGAAGAUACAGUUCCUUGGGGUUCCAGUGGAAACAACCCUUCCCCCCCCAAGCACAAUGGUCAUCUUGGGCCAGGCAGCCUAGAUGGUGGCUUAGUCCUGAAAAGUAACGGCCCUUGGUUUGUACUGCUGGCGUCCAACUGGUCUUUGGAAAUAAGCUCAGGUAAAGCCGAAGGGUGCCUUCAGGAGCGUGAUGAAAAACUAUGGUCAGCAUUACAGUGACUGCAGAUUAAAGUGCUCCUAGCUUUAGCA